GUUUGUACAUGUACAUAGUGCUUUCUGGUUCUAAAUGACGUCACACUUAGGUAUGACGCGCGCGCUUAGUAACGUAGCAUUGAUGCAAACAGUAUCGCACAACAGUUUCAUAAACUGCAUCCUCUGCAUCUGCGAACUUUAGUCCGGUCCAUCCUCACCGUUACAUCUACAUGUACUUGGCUGCCCGUGCCUUUAAACUCUGCCACAAUGAGGUAAAGGGACGUUUGUAUCAUUCUGCAACCAGCGUACAACGACAACCCAGGAUAGUAUCACUUGAUCGGCCAAAUUAAUACCCGAUCUAUAGAUCGUGAUGGCAGAAGAUGAGAUGGAGGGGGUUGAAGUUGUGCACGGUUCGGAUGGGGGAGAUCGAGGCCUAGGAAGGAACGAUAUUGCGGUUCUUGCUGCCAUGGGUGUGGCCACCAAACCGCGCAGUAGGCGGCGCCAGUCCAUCGCCGAAGCUAUGACCAAGGAGAAUCUCUUCCAUGCGUCGUCUAAGGACUUCGUCAAGCGGAUCUAUCGAAGUGAUAAAGCGUUGGAGAAUGAACAACUCCGACAGAAACAGUUUCAACACUUCGUCAUCCAUCCAUUCAGCACCUUUCGUUGGUAUUGGGAUCUGUGGAUGGUCUUUCUGAUGUCAAUCACCUUGAUUCUUCUGCCAGUUAACAUCGCCUUCUACAGUGAUCAGUUCUCUGUCCACUGGACCACGGUCAACUGUUUUACCGAUAGCUUCUUCCUGAUCGACAUCAUUCUAAACUUUGUCACCGGAAUUGUCGACCACAAGAACGAAGACGUUAUUUUACUUCGCAAGCGCAUUGCUCUUAAGUACAUCCGCACUUGGUUCUUUCCGGAUUUCAUCUCAUCAUUCCCGUUCGAUUACAUCUACAUCUUCAUUCAGGGCACCACGGAUUACCAGUCGAGUUCCACUGCACUGACUCUGCGCGUAUUCAGGCUGGCAAAGAUUCUUGGGAUUCUCCGCUUACUGCGUCUUGCUCGUCUCAUGAGAUACAUCAACAAACUUGAGGAGAUUCUAAAUAUCGAGGGUGCAGUAAUUCGUAUCGUCAACCUCACCUUGCUUAUGAUCGUCGUGGCUCACUGGAAUGGAUGCAUUCAGUUCUUCAUCGCUUUUGCUCAGGACUUUCCGACAGAUAGCUGGGUAACCAUCAGUAACCUGCAGGACGCUAACAAGUGGCAACAGUACUCGUGGUCCUUCUUCAAAGCGAUUUGCCACAUGCUGGGAAUUGGCUUCGGCCGCCACGUCCCGCAGAACCUGAUCGAGAUGUGGGCGGCAACAAUCAGCAUCAUGCUGGGGGCGACCUUCUACGCCCUCUUCGUGGGCCAGAUGGCCACUCUUCUGCUGUCCAUCGACGCGUCCGGCCGCAUCUACAACGAAAAGAUAAAUCAAGUAAAGGAGUAUAUGCGAUAUCGCAAGAUACCAGCAAGCACCCAGAAGCGCGUACUGACAUACUACGAACAUCGCUACCAGCGAAAGUACUUCGAUGAGGAUACCAUCUUACGGGAGCAAAACGAGCCAUUACGCAGGGAGAUCACUCAGCACCGUUUACAAUCACUCGUCCAGAAAGUGGACUUCCUCAACAAGGGAAGCGCGGAUUUUGUCUUGGACGUCAUCGAGAAACUCACCUUUGAGGUCUACCUUAAAAAUGACGUCAUCAUUAAGGCCGGUCGCCAUGGCGACGCCAUGUACUUCAUUGAACACGGCAUGGUGAACAUUGAGGUGGAAGGGCGGAUCGUUGGCACCCUGCAAGAUGGGGACCACUUCGGUGAAAUUGCUCUCCUGAUAAGUGAACGCAGAGUGGCAUCUGUCAUUGCCAAGACUACAUGUGACAUCUACAGACUCCACAGUAGCGAUUUUGAUGACGUGCUGGAAGAGUAUCCAGAGAUGAGGGCCAUCAUGACUGAAGUGGCAGACGAACGUUUACAGAAAAUUACUGAGAGCAGCAGGGCCGCUGCAAAUCGUAAAACCGAGGAGUUUCGAACGACAAAGAAAUUUUAAACGGGGGGUCAAAGCCUAGUAACGGAACCCUAGCUGAAAGACAGGAAAAUUCUGGACUUGUAAUUUCCGAGUCCUUUAUCUCUCACGACGCUGGCAUCAAAAGACUAAAGGCAGGACAUAAAAGUUUCAGUCAACAGAAUUCUCUGAACAAGAUUUAUGACAGACGAGACAAUCGGACGCAUUCCAUUAGUCCAAGUCAACUUUAUUGGAAAACAAAUCACAGUCUAUUUUAUGUACAACUGACAUGCCAGGAUCUUAAGCUUCUGUGGGAAAUCCUUUCCACUGAAAAUCUGUUAACAAGGGUCUCUUAGAAAUCAAAUAUUUGAGCUCGAAAGGUAACAUUCAGGAUGAACACACAGCUAUAGGCCACAUCAGUGUCAGCGUCUUCAAGGUCCGACCUCUACUUUUAUAUUAAGCAAUAUCCAGCGUCAGAUUUGUUAUGUACCACUGCCAUCUUAAAUGAAAUCGAAUGAAGAAAGGUGGUCCACACUUAUGACUACAGAGAAACCACACCCUCUUUCACUUAAUUUCUCCUCUAAGCAAAAAAUCCCGGUCACUUGUUAUUGGAUCUGUUAAUUUCUUUAAUUGAGAGAGGUUAUUCAUAGGGAUUCACCCGAAUAGUUGCCACAAAAAGUGAAUAAAUAGUGAGUGCAGGUACUAACAA